GCCUUCGAAACUUUCGAUUAUUUUCCAGCUUUUGAUGUCAGAAAUUGUGAUUAUAACGGUCAAACUAACUAGGUCUCACACAACAAAUUAACCAUAUGUUCUGUUUCGUUUCAUUUUUUUGUUCCAUUCCAUAUCAACGGAUAAUAACUGGAGACCAGUAGCUGAAAACUUUUGAAACUUAGCUCUCAUGUACCGAUUAAUAUUCAAACUACUCUUGUUGUUGGCAACUUUAGCAAUUUCUCUCGCGCAAUAUGAGCUGACUGAGAGACAAAAAUGGCAGUCGCUGGACUCCCACAACAAGUUCCGCAACAACCUCGGGUGGAAAGAUCGCAAGGGCAAAAAAUUCAGUGGAUAUGCUGUGAACAUGAAGAGACUCAAAUGGGACGAUGAACUGGAGAAGUCAGCUCAGGAGACUGCCAAUUUAUGUACAAAGGAGCACAUUAUUCCUAUGGUGGGCGUGAAUUGGAAACUGAUGGACCUAUUUGGAGGUCACGUGGGUGAAAACCUGUACUUCGGGGGAGGCUACAAGGCCAACAGGAAUGUGGGGAACGACUUUGUCGCAGGAUGGUAUGAGGAAAUCAUGUUCUACGACUGGCAUAAGCACAACUGUUACCCGAAGAACGAAUGUGGUCACUUGACCCAGAUGCUAUGGGACGACACUGAGUUCAUAGGGUGCGCACAGCAGAAGUGCCAGACUACCUACAAGAACAGCAAAAGUCCGCAGACAUGGACCAACUAUGUUUGCAGGUACGGACCAGGUGGCAACUGGCAAGGGCAGAAACCAUUCGAGACAACCCAGAAGUACAACAAAAGGUGCAAGCACGGCCUGGUGCCCGAUGACAAGUAUCCCAGAUUGUGUGUUUAAACAACGAGGCAAUCGCACUCGACCAACUCGCGUGGAUUUGAGAGAACUAUGAUUCCUUGCUUUUGAAAUACACUACAAACUAAAAAAUAUUUAUCCAUAAAAUUUAUAAUUAAAUAUCAACAUAAAAA